CUCACGAAGGUCAUGAAGACGGAAGUCGAGGACACGAGUGGCGAUGGUGCGUGCGACAACGGCGUCGGCGGUCCCAACCUCGCCUGUCCUGAGGGUACCAGCGGGCUGGUCGUCGGCUCGGAAACAUCGCCGAGCGUAAUGGAGUGCGGUGGAUGCGGCGAGCGAGUACGCGAGCGAACUAUCCUCUGCGUAGGCGGACGUACGUGGCACUCCAGGUGUCUGAGGUGUAGCGCUUGUGCCAGGCCAUUGCACGAUCAGCACUCGUGCUUCCAGAGAGGCAUGCGAGUGUACUGUAGGCACGACUACGAUCGAACUUUUGGAGCAAAGUGCGCGAAAUGCGGGCGCAGCGUAGGCGCUGGGGAUUGGGUGAGAAGGGCCAGAGAAAGGGUUUAUCAUCUGGCCUGUUUCGCAUGCGACGCUUGCUCGCGUCAGCUGUCGACCGGUGAGCAAUUCGCCCUCCUGGACGCCCGAUUGCUUUGCAAGGCGCACUAUCUCGACGUCGUCGAGGGCAACAACACCUCUUCCGAUGAAGGCGGUGACUCCGAGAGUGGUCACAAGGGCGGCAAUAAGGCGAAGAGAGUUAGGACCACUUUUACCGAGGAGCAGCUCUCAGUUCUCCAGGCGAAUUUUCAAUUGGACAGUAAUCCCGAUGGGCAGGACCUUGAAAGGAUAGCGCACGUAACUGGACUCAGUAAGAGGGUAACGCAAGUAUGGUUCCAAAAUUCAAGAGCAAGGCAGAAGAAACACCUUCACACCGGCAAAAUAAAGGGACAGCAUGUUCACCAAUCGCCACCGAAUUCUACCGCGUCGCCCAAUGAUUUCGGUCGUCACAUCAAUCUGCAUCUGACGUACUCGUUUCAACAUCAGCAACAGCAUCAGCAGCAACAACAACCGCAGCUUAGCCCAGCCACGUGCAAGAGCCCGACAGGCUCCAUUUAUCACAAUCAUGGGUCGGAGCAGUCGAUGGACGAGCUCUCGCAAGACUCGAUGCUAUUAUCUAUGCCGAAUGAGGUUUAA